GGUCCAACGCCGUAGACGAUUUUGCAUAACGUAACGUGUAUUACUGCCGUAUCUGAUUUUUGCCAUCACGCGUGUCAGGCUCCAUGAUUGUUACCGAUCCGAAUCCGAUCUCGCCAUCACGCGUCUCAGGCUCCAUAAAUCUCAGCGAUCGUCGGUUUCGGCGACUGAGAUUUUGCAGCGUCCGCUAGAGCCUAGAGGAGUAGGUCCAGAGGAUUCGAGCAGAUCUUGCAUGCCUGAUCCUUGGGGGAGACCAUGGCCGUGAUAAAGAUGCGAGUGAGCAAACUCCGCAAGGCAAAGAGUGUUGAGGACAGCAGGCACAAGAGUGCCAGUCGCGAGCCAAAGGAAGGCCAGGGCAGCAACCCAAGGAGGGCCAAUGGCGACGCACCAGUUGAGCCUCAACAGAGGGAAGUUUGUGCAUUUUGCGACGAUGGUGGCGAGUUAAUCUGCUGUGAUGGUGGAUGUCUGAGAUCCUUCCACCCAACCAAAGAACAUGGUGAAAGAUCUAUGUGCACAAGCCUUGGGCUAAAUGAAGCAAAGUGGGAAAAGCAUAAAGCACUAGGGGAAAAGGGGCUAUAUUUCUGCAAUAACUGCAAGCAUAAGCAGCACCAAUGUUUUGCUUGUGGAUUGUUGGGGUCUUCGAACUUAACAGCAGAACCUGAGGUAUUCAAGUGUAAGCACCGAAAGUGUGGGCACUUUUACCACCCGGGAUGUGUUGCUGAAAUACUAUACCCUGAUAACAAAGCCAAGGCCACGUGUUUUGAGCAAUGUGUUGCUGGUGGACUGGAAUUCAGUUGUCCCGUGCAUAAAUGUAAGCGGUGUAAGGAAGCAGAGAACAAGCAUGACAAGGAAAUGCAAUUUGCGGUAUGCAGGCGCUGUCCAACUGCAUACCACCGCAAGUGCUUGCCAAGGGAUAUUUCCUUGACAGAGGACGAGGAAGAGGCUAUGCCGCAAAGGGCAUGGGAUGGCAUUCUACCAGAUCAAAUUUUGAUCUACUGCAGGAAGCAUGAUAUUCAAAAAGAACUGGGAACUCCCAAGAGGGACCAUAUUGUCUUUCCAGAUGUUAGAAAUCCCGGUGCAGCAGAAAGGCAUAGAGGUGCACCUCAGGAGCACGGUAUACUCGAUGAAGACGAGCUAGUCGACCGCAAUCCAUCUCAGUCCCCUGGGCCGGCAGAAACUGGCAGCGGUAGGGUGAAGCCCAUCGAUUCAUUUGCGCCAAAGCACUUGUUCUCGCGUCCGCAGCCAGGCUCCUGCGGUUGGCUUGAUGACUGACGAUCCAUUCCUUGUCUCCAACGUUUGCCGUUACAGGCUCCCUCGUAUACAUUUCAUGGCAUCUCGAGAACACAAAAGAAAAUGUUAUGGAAAACUUUGUGUUGUACUCCGUACAUUUCUUUAGUCUUUGCGCGCUCUGAAGUUGAUGGGGCGCUCCUCCCAUCCACCCUCGGCCCCGGUGGCGGCAAUGGCGGAAGACAAGACCGGGAAGGAACCAAAUGAUGUGUUAUCGCGCGAACGAUCGUCCAUCAUAUAUGUCAUUUCUACUAUUUCAUUGCUAGAUACGCUAUAACAUGACGACUCGCCAAAUAAACCUCUUUAUAUCCUGAGGUUCUGCCUCUGUUUUUCCAAUUAGAAAAGGAAAAGGUUGCCAUGA